AUGCCCAUGUUGAGGGCGAGAGUUCACGUGUCUACCGUAUUUUCUUCCAUCAUCAGUCAUUGCGUGAGCACGAAGCUUAACCUUUCUCGUUCUUCGAUGGCCGCGUCGUCCUCUAUUCGAAUCGCCGUCGUCGGUGACGUGCAUGAUUACUGGAACUUUGAACAAGAUUCCAAAGCGCUUGAGUUCUUGCAGAUUACAAAAUUGGUUGUAUCCAGAUUUGGUGCUGUUUACAGGCAAGUUUCACUGUUACUGCCGCUCAACCUAUCACACUACGGUGAUUUUGGUGAUGAAAAUGUUGAAGUGGUUCAGAAUGUUGCUAAUCUUGAAUUCGCCAAAGCAGUUAUAUUGGGGAAUCACGAUGCCUGGUUUACUAAACAGUUUUCUGGAAGCGAGGAGAAGGAUAAAGUUCAGCUUCAGCUAGAAUGCCUUGGUAAGGAGCACGUGGCUUAUCGGCGUUCAGACUUCCCUCAAAUAAAAGUAAGCGUUGUUGGUGGACGGCCAUUUUCUUGUGGGGGUAAACCACUUUUCCGGAGAAAACUUCUUUCUGCAAGAUAUGGAGUCAAAGACAUGGAUGGGAGUGCUAAGAGAAUCCAGAAAGCUGCUCUUGGAACACCAGAGGAUCAUUUUCUUAUAUUACUUGCACAUAAUGGGCCCGCAGGCCUUGGUUCUGAUUUGAAUGAUAUAUGUGGAAAGGAUUGGGAAUUUGAUGGUGAUGGUGAUCAUGGUGACCCAGAUCUAGCACACGCAAUAUCCUUGUUAAAAGAGAACAAUCAAGUAUCAAUUCCCUUGGUUGUGUUCGGUCACAUGCACAAAAAGCUGGCAUAUGGCAAUGGCUUUAGGAAAAUGAUUGUGGUAGGCGCUGAUAACACCAUAUACUUGAAUGGGGCAAUUGUUCCUAGGGUCAAAAGGUUGGAUGAUGAAGACAAGAGAAGCUUAGACGAUGAAAGUGCCCUUUCCUCAUCAGAGGCAAAAGGUAGUAGAAGGGCCUUUACUUUAGUUGAGAUUUCGGAAGGAAGAGUUACUAAGAUUGCAGAAAGUUGGGUCUCAGUUGUCGAAGCUAGGACCACAUUAGAAGAAGAGCACAUACUAUUUGAGGGCAGCUAG